CAAAGAAACCCUCCGAGGUCCUGCGAAUUUUAGACUGUAGUUUUGAAACGUACGUUAUUUCGGGAUCUGAAGGACUUUGUCUUACUAUUCCUAAUUUUGGUUUUUAUUUUUUUUACAAAUUUACUACUUUGGAAACAUUCAAGUACAUUUCUUGCUUUUUAAACUUUAACACAAAAAAGAUGGAGUUGUCGGAUAUCCCCUUCCCCAUCCCAUCAGCUGAUGACUUCUACGACGACCCUUGCUUCAACACCAACGACAUGCACUUCUUUGAAGACUUGGACCCCAGGCUUGUUCACGUGAGCCUGCUCAAACCCGACGAGCAUCACCACAUCGAGGACGAGCACGUGAGGGCGCCCAGUGGGCAUCAUCAGGCCGGCAGGUGCCUACUGUGGGCAUGCAAAGCUUGCAAGAGAAAAACUACCAAUGCUGACCGUCGCAAAGCCGCCACCAUGAGGGAGAGGAGGCGACUGAGCAAGGUCAACGACGCUUUCGAGACCCUCAAGAGAUGCACGUCCACCAACCCGAACCAGAGGCUGCCCAAAGUGGAGAUUCUGAGAAACGCCAUUAGUUAUAUCGAGUCUCUGCAGGCUCUUCUCAGAAGUCAAGAGGAUAACUACUAUCCCGUUCUGGAACAUUACAGUGGAGACUCUGAUGCUUCCAGUCCGAGAUCCAACUGCUCUGAUGGCAUGAUGGAUUUUAUGGGCCCAACGUGUCAGACGAGAAGACGGAACAGCUAUGACAGCUCUUACUUCAAUGACACACCAAAUGCUGACGCACGGAAUAAUAAAAACUCAGUGGUGUCGAGUUUGGAUUGUCUGUCCAGCAUCGUGGAGCGAAUUUCCACAGAGACUCCUGCAUGUCCCGUGCUGUCAGUACCGGAGGGGCACGAAGAGAGCCCGUGUUCUCCGCAUGAGGGAUCUGUCCUGAGUGACACCGGAACCACCGCACCGUCCCCGACCAGCUGCCCUCAACAGCAGGCUCAGGAAACCAUUUAUCAAGUGCUUUAAAAUUCUGCAACAUUUCAAAACAAAUUGAAAAAGACAAUCUGAAUGAAGAAACUUUCAGCAGAAAAAGGCGAAUCCGACCUUUAACGACAAAAGAAAGACUUUUGAUCCACUGCUGGAAACUAGGAAAGAAUGCUUUCUUUCUUUCUUUCUUUCUUUCUUUCUUUCUUUCUUUCUUUCUUUCUUUCUUUCUUUCUUUCUUUCUUUCUUUCUUUCUUUCAUAGACUAAUUCUUUUUUUCUUUCUUUCUUUCUUUCUUUCUUUCUUUCUUUCUUUCUUUUUUUCUUUCUUUCUUUCUUUCUUUCUUUCUUUCUUUCUUUCUUUCUUUCUUUCUUUCUUUCUUUAUGCGGUGGAAAAUGUAAUUCCAAUAUGAGAAAAGACUCAGCAGAUCAGCAGAAGUGAGUUUCUUAACUAAGCUUAUUUAUAUUGUUAUAUCCACGUGAAAAUGUGACCAUAUUUUUUUCCCUUUGUGAAUAUAUUUUCUGUCACCAUCACCUUUUAUUUUCCUAAUUAUUUACGGAAAAAAUCGUAAUCCAGAUACGAAUAGUAGGACCAUUUUUGUAUAUGUGUAAAUAAGAUCUGUUUUGUUAAAGCGACGAAAACGAACAAACAUAUUAUUGUAUUUAAUGAUGCCUGUUUGAAACACUAGUUUGUUGUGUCUUGUGUUAAACUUUAUAUUUAUACUUCUUAAACGAGUGAAUGACGGAUAAAUAAAAACAACUAUUUAUACUGGAA